AUGAGAGGCCUCGGUGGGGCCCCUCAUCUGCAUGGACCCGGCUAUAGCUCAGCGCGAGCGGGGGCUUUUCUUCCUCAGUCGCUUGGAAGCGUGACCUGCAGCUGCGUGGUGCCUCCUCUACUCUCUCUCUCUCUCUCCAACCAGCAACAUGUCCAUUCUCAAGAUCCAUUCUCGUGAAAUCUUUGACUCUCGUGGGAAUCCCACUGUUGAAGUGGACUUAUUCACCUCUAAUGGUCUCUUCAGAGCUGCCGUUCCCAGCGGUGCUUCCACCGGCGUCUACGAAGCCCUGGAACUUCGCGACAAUGAUAAGACCCGCUUCCUGGGGAAAGGUGUCUCAAAAGCUGUUGAGCACAUCAAUAAAACAAUUGCACCUGCCCUGGUUAACAAGAACAUAAGUGUUGUGGAGCAAGAGAAGAUUGACAAGUUGAUGCUGGAAAUGGAUGGGUCAGAGAACAAGUCCAAGUUUGGCGCCAACGCGAUCCUGGGGGUGUCUCUGGCUGUGUGCAAGGCUGGUGCUGCUGAGAAAGGCGUCCCCUUGUACCGCCACAUUGCCGACUUGGCUGGGAACCAGGACGUCAUCCUCCCAGUCCCUGCUUUCAACGUGAUCAAUGGCGGCUCCCACGCGGGCAACAAACUGGCCAUGCAGGAGUUCAUGAUCCUCCCCAUUGGUGCUGAGAACUUCAAGGAAGCCAUGCGCAUCGGUGCCGAGGUCUACCACAACCUGAAGAACGUCAUCAAGGAGAAGUACGGGAAGGACGCCACCAAUGUGGGGGACGAGGGUGGCUUUGCACCCAACAUCUUGGAGAACAAGGAAGCUCUGGAGCUGCUGAAGACCGCCAUCAGCAAGGCUGGGUACACGGACAAGAUUGUCAUUGGGAUGGACGUGGCAGCUUCCGAAUUCUAUCGCGACGGGAAGUACGACCUGGACUUCAAGUCCUCCGAUGACCCCAGCAGAUACAUCACUCCUGACCAGCUGGCUGAUUUGUACAAGGGCUUUGUCAAGAACUACCCAUUGGUUUCCAUCGAAGACCCCUUUGACCAAGACGACUGGGCCGCUUGGAAGAAGUUCACGGCCAACGUGGGCAUCCAGGUGGUUGGCGACGACCUGACUGUGACCAACCCGAAGCGCAUCGCCAAAGCGGUGGAGGAGAAAUCCUGCAACUGCCUCCUGCUCAAAGUGAACCAGAUCGGUUCGGUCACGGAGUCGCUCCAGGCCUGCAAGCUUGCCCAGUCCAACGGGUGGGGCGUGAUGGUGAGUCACCGCUCUGGAGAGACCGAAGACACCUUCAUUGCCGACCUGGUGGUUGGACUCUGCACUGGCCAGAUCAAGACUGGUGCUCCCUGCCGAUCUGAACGUCUAGCCAAAUAUAACCAGCUUCUGAGGAUCGAAGAGGAGCUGGGCAGCAAGGCCCGCUUUGCCGGCAGGAACUUCAGGAACCCCCGCGUCAACUAAGGCGCUCGGCCGAGGGCCCCCUCCUCCGGUUGUGGUUGAAAGCACUAGUCACCUAAUUAGACCUUUCCUCUCCCCACUCCCUUGGUACCUGUGUCCUGGAAAAGAAGGGCAGCUGAGGGGAAAAGAGCAGUUUGCAGGGCCUCUCCUCUUGGACGGCGGAGACAGACAGACGGCUACCACUCACCUGGCGUGCGUCCUCUUUCUCAUUCUCCCCCCCCCCCAUCUCCACCCUGUUGCUUCUAAAAGCGCUUGGCUGCUUUUUUGUGGACAGACCACCUCCCCCCUUUUCCCUUGGAGUGACGGAACAGAGGAGGAGAAAGAGUCCCCGUGUUGCAGAAGAAAGCGGAAAGUUCCCACCAGUAUAUCCCUCUCCUCUCCUCUCCCUCCCUCCCUCCCCACCCCUUUCCCUACUUAGUGUGUGAAGCUAUGUAACUUGCAGUGCAGCCUGAGGUACCUGCAAACAGGAGAAACAAAAAAUAAAAAUAAAAAUAGUAGCGCUCCAUGUGAGGUAAAUAAAGAAGAGAAACGUC